CGUAUGCUCCGUUUGCCUUUCACUGUGACACUUGUGUUUAUUAAUUACAAAUAAACGUCAACUUUGAAUUGGGAGCACAGCCUUUCGUCAUAGGGGGGGCUACUCAAAGGUACCUCGCGAUCAACACGUAGAAAUUAUGCUGGGGUGUGAGAUAGAUAGGGCUGCUUUGUAUUGUUGCCCUGACUGCCGAUGCCCCGCCUCUGAUGGCAGCCUUAAACCUGGCGCCCAGUUGAAACAAACGAAAGCCAGCCCUGAGCCUCCACUCAAUCCAAUUAAGGCGGACUUCAGCCACUCUCAUAGGUGUUCAUCCAGAAGCAUCGACGUAGAGACAACGGGUACACAGGGCUCUGACCGAAAAAAAAAAAAAAAAAAAAAACAGAGGGAGAGAAUUUGCCCUGCCUUUUAAUUUCCCUCUCUCCAGCCGCUGAACAAUGUCGAUGAGCCCCAAGCACACGACUCCUUUUUCUGUUUCCGAUAUCUUGAGUCCCCUUGAGGAGAGCUACAAGAAAGUAAGUAUGGAGGGUAACAACCUGGGGGCUCCUCUCGCCACGUAUCGACAGCCGCAGGUUUCGCAGGCGGCAAUGCAACAGCAUCAUAUGGGCCACAACGGGACGGUGUCCGCCACUUACCACAUGACUGCGGCCGGGGUAUCGCAGUUGUCGCACACCGCAAUGGGGAGCUACUGUAACGGCAACCUGGCGAACAUGAGCGAGCUUCCGCCUUACCAGGACAGCAUGCGAAACAGCACCCCGGCCACCGGCUGGUACGGAGCCAAUCCAGACCCCCGCUUUUCCACAAUCUCUCGUUUCAUGGGUUCGUCCUCGGGGAUGAACAUGAGCAGCAUGGGAAGUCUGGGUUCCCUGGCGGACGUGGGGAAAGGUAUGGGCCCACUGUCCAGCGCUCCGCGGAGGAAACGGCGCGUGCUCUUCUCACAAGCUCAGGUUUACGAGCUCGAGCGGCGGUUCAAGCAACAGAAAUACCUCUCAGCGCCGGAGCGAGAACAUUUGGCCAGCAUGAUCCACCUCACUCCGACCCAGGUGAAAAUCUGGUUCCAGAACCAUCGAUACAAAAUGAAGAGGCAGGCCAAAGACAAGGUAUCGCAGCAACAAAUGCAACAAGACACCGGUUCCUGUCAGCAGCAACAACAGUCGCCCCGGCGGGUGGCCGUGCCCGUGCUGGUGAAAGACGGUAAACCGUGUCAGGGAGGUACUCACACGCCGAGCUCUGCCAUGCAGAACCAUCACCAACAGGGCAGCAACGUUAUGAUCGUGUCCAGUAACAGUUCGACGAUGGGCCAGCACCAAAGCCAACAGGUGGUCAGCGCCGGUCACUCGCCAGAUUUAGUUCAACACUCCACUUCCCCUCCGUCGCUCCAGGCCCAGGUUUCGGGACUGUCGCACCUGAACUCUUCGAGCAGUGAGUACGGCACGGCCCUGCCGUGCUCGGCUCUGUUGUACGGCAGGACGUGGUGACAACAGUAAGAACUACUAUAUAGACAAGAGAACUGUGACUGUGAAUCUGUCACACUCCGAACGUUUUUUUCCCUUAUAUUUCUUUGAAGAAACAAUGGUUUACCUACAUUUGGAUAUGUAGACAGCUGACAGAGGGAAUCAAGAAGAAACUGAAAAAAACCAAGAAAUAAGUGUUACCGAGUGGAUGCGCAAGCUCCUAAAAGCGUCAAAGUUGGAAGUAUUUAUUUCCAUUAACCCGAGGACGGGUUUAGUCCCCAAAUAUUUGUUUCAGAGGAACAAUGCAGUGGUCAAAAUGUUCUGUGUGUCUUUAUUUGAAGGAAAAAAUCUAAUUCAAUUUGAAACAGGGACUAGGUUGGGAUUUCUCAAACUAUUUAAGGGGAGACAAACGUCUCUGAUUUAUAAUAGCUUUUUAUGUAACACGUAGUUUGUAUAUUUCUGUAAAAGGUUUGAAUUGGAUACAUAGUUUUUAGUAAUCUGUAUGUACAAAGUUUUUAUCGACAUUGAAGUUUCCUUGUAUUAUAUUUAGGUUCCAUUGUUAUUUGUAAAUUUAAUUUUCUUGUAUCGUAUAUAGUUUUUGCCAUAAAUAUAGUCAUACAAACAUAUUAAUAAAUUAUGAAAAUAAA